CCUUAGGCCCUCACACUCAACAUAUGCACACACAAAGGACUUUUGAAGCCAACAACUAAACUUUAUGCCUUCAGUUGUCAGGAAAGGAAAACCAAAUCUAGAUCUAGGAGAAGUAAAUUCAGACUGAGCAGAAAUAAGAUGGGAUAUGAAAGAGAAAAUGAGCAAAGUCCACAAAACAAACGUUUAGUCAUACUGACUAAUAAGAGAAGACUCGAAUAACCAAGACCAGAAAUGAAAUAAACAAUUUAAACAGACAGAACUACUAAGGAAAUUGAACCAGUGAUUUAAAAAUCAAAACAGUCAGUGAGAAGACUCAGCGGUAAAGACCAGAAACCCAGGUCUCCCUUGGCUACAUAGUUUAAGGACAGCCUGGGCUAAUGAGACCCUGUCUCAAUCAAUCAAGAAAGAAAGGGAUCCAGCUUAACUGAAGGACACUCUCUCCAGAGGUUGUGUGGAGUCCUCUUGGGGCUGUGCCCAUGAGGCCCGUACUUCAGCAGCUUGAUGUCCUCAAGUCAGCAGAGACGUCCUUCAGAUGCUCUAGAACCAGGCAAACAUCAGCAGCACCUUCACAGCCUGGAUCCCCCAGUAUUCAAUUCCAGCAUGACCUACGUUUUCUCUCCCCCUGUGCAGGCUCUGGCAUAUUCUCUGCUCCCACAGCCUCAGGUGCUGACCUUCAGCUCUUCCUUUGGCGGAGUAUAAUACUGUGUCUUCCACGUUGGCAAGGAGCCCUUGGCAGACACUUGCUUUGUGUUGGAGCAUCUCUGUGGGUGGUUGAGUGCUUGGUGCCUACACACUGUCCCAUGUUUGAGAUUUUGCCCAAGUCAACACAUGGCCACCAAAGACGUCAAGCUCUUUGCCUUCUACCCCAAUCCCAGUUCCUGGGCGAGGUCAAGGUUCUUGGCUGGAAGGCGACCACCAGUGCAGAAUGCCAGGAACCCAAGAGGAAAAGCAGCACUUGCUGCCAAAAGCGGAAAGGGACCGGCCCCAAGCCAACGGCUCUGGGGCUGAGGGACUCCCAGCUUUCACAGCUUCACUGGAUGGUGGCCAGUGAAGGCACACACCUCCGGGAAGAAGAUCCUCGCCAGCACACACACUCACACAAGAUGCUGCCUCAUUCACCCCACAGAAACUGUUUCCAAAGCCUGAGCCUUGGGAUGGCCCUGACCAUGAGGAUGCAAGGCUGCCUGGCACAGGCUUCCCUGCCACCCUGGGGUCUCAGAAGAUAUGAACUUCCUGGACGGGAUCCAUGGCUCCUCAUGGCUUGCUCAGCUUGCAAGAAGAGGCCCUGA